AUGUAAUGAUUAAUUUAGGAAAGCAGCUAUCAUCACAAAAAAAAACACUUUAAUAUACUUUAAUAUACUGAAGAAUCGUGCGUGGAGUCAUUUCGUCCCUAGAGCUAAACCUCGCCGAGGACAAAACAACAAGACACGGAUUUUAAUUCCAUUCAAUCUUUUGGACAAGCUGCAGUAGGGACGGGAUAGCCUCCUGUCCAGCGGUGACCUAGCUACGUGGGAAUUAACAUCAUCCAGAAAACCAAGCCCGCUAAUUAAGCUGCACCGUUUUUCAUUUGGGACUUUUAAGUGUUGUUCGGACGGUGUAGGCUACCUACUGGAUUGCAGGAACCAGCCUAGAUAAGGCUACUCGACAUCUCUCCUUUAACUGCCUCCGCCUGCUGUGUUGUUUGUGCAUUGAAUGAAUCACUUGAGGCUCAGUCGGAAUCUGCAAUGAUUUGCGCGGACUGGAGAAAGACCCGAGUCGACCGUAUCGAAGCCUAAUAGGAUGUACAGAUAGGAAGGAGUUUGUUUGUGUGGAACCUGGACCCGCAUGCUGCUGCUGUUCAGCCGUAGUCGUUUAGCCAGAUCCAGAUCAGGCUUACAUUAUAUCCUUUAUUAUUGAGUUACCUGCACAGUCGGGUAUUAUGUUAGUUACCUGCACCUCUGGACCGAAUGGAAAUAUGAAUCAAACACAGUGAGGUGACGUCUCGGUCUUGGGGCCGUGGCAGCCCGUGCACGGACCAAGAUCUGUGUUGUGAAUGUGACAUCCAGCUUCAGCGGGGUGUAGUUUUCUCGUGGUUGCUGUGUGGAGCCUGCCGCCACACACCCAGUCCUCAACAACGACGGCUUUUGCUUGCAUCUUCCAGUGCUUCUUCUGUCAGCAAGUUCAGCAGAGCUGCUCCUCGUCCACCUCUAGCCCGGACGCCGCAGCCAAUCACAGCCCAGAGCCCCGCCCAUGUGACAUGGUGAAGAUGACCAAGUCGAAGACGUUCCAGGCCUACCUGCCCUCCUGCCAUCGCACCUACAGCUGCAUACACUGUCGGGCGCACCUGGCCAACCACGAUGAACUCAUCUCUAAGUCAUUCCAAGGCAGCCAGGGGAGAGCCUACCUCUUUAACUCUGUUGUGAACGUGGGCUGUGGGCCAGCUGAGGAGCGGGUUCUCCUAACAGGUUUACAUGCCGUCGCUGACAUCUACUGUGAAAACUGUAAAACCACUCUGGGCUGGAAAUACGAGCAUGCGUUUGAGAGCAGCCAGAAGUACAAGGAGGGGAAGUUCAUCAUCGAGCUGGCUCACAUGAUCAAGGACAACGGCUGGGAGUGACAUCCGGCCCUUUAAUGACCUCUGACCUAUCAGAGCUCUGGAUCUAUCAGACUUCACAGAGCGACAACCAAUCACCGUCAACCACCCACCGUGCCGCCCCCUCCUAACACACACACACACAGUCCCUGCUGGUUGUGAAACUGAACAUGAUGCUGUUGAACUGGAGAGAGGAGUUGGACUUUUUCUUUUUUCUUCUUUUUUUUUUAGUCAUUUAGCGACUUAGUUAGUGAGUGCAUACAUUUUUUUCACACUGGCC